AUGGCGACAACAUCAAACCAAUUCAUGUACAGCUUGACCAUCAAUCCUCCCACCGCCAUCACUCAGGCCAUACUCGGACAGUUUGCUGGAACGAAAGAGCAGCAGAUUGUGACUGCAUCUGGUUCGCGUCUGACUCUUCAUAGACCGGAUCCGUCACAGGGGAAGAUUAUCACAGCACUUUCACAUGAUGUCUUUGGUAUAAUUAGAGCCAUUGCAGCUUUUAGACUGGCUGGCAGCAAUAAGGAUUACAUUAUCAUCACAUCAGACUCUGGCCGUAUAACGAUUGUGGAGUUUAUUCCGGCACAAAACAAGUUCCAUCGCUUACAUCUCGAGACUUUCGGUAAGUCUGGUGUUCGAAGAGUAGUUCCAGGACAAUACCUGGCCGUAGACCCGAAAGGCAGAGCUUGUCUAACCGCGUCGGUGGAGAAGAACAAGCUCGUAUAUGUCCUGAAUCGCAAUUCCCAGGCUGAACUCACUAUAUCGUCUCCUUUGGAAGCCCACAAAGCUCAGACUUUGGUGUUCGCAUUGGUAGCCUUGGAUGUGGGAUAUGCAAAUCCGGUGUUUGCGGCUCUCGAGGUUGAUUAUGGAGAUUCGGAUCAGGACCCAACAGGUCAAGCCUAUGAGGAGAUUGAGAAACAGCUUGUCUACUACGAACUUGAUCUUGGUUUGAAUCACGUGGUACGAAAAUGGUCGGAUCCUGUCGAUCGAACGGCGAACAUACUUUUCCAGGUACCUGGAGGAACUGAUGGGCCCAGUGGUGUUUUGGUUUGUGGAGAAGACAAUAUCACAUAUAGACACUCUAAUCAGGAGGCCUUCCGCGUUGCUAUACCCCGCCGCCGUGGCGCAACUGAAGACCCACAAAGAAAACGAAACAUUAUAGCAGGUGUUAUGCACAAACUUAAGGGUGCUGCAGGAGCCUUUUUCUUCUUGUUACAGACAGACGAUGGAGAUCUGUUCAAGAUAACCAUUGAGAUGGUAGAAGAUGACAGUGGGCAGCCAACUGGCGAAGUCAAACGUCUCAAGAUCAAGUACUUCGAUACAGUACCUGUUGCGGCAAGUCUUUGUAUCCUUAAAAGUGGUUUUCUUUUCGUUGCAAGCGAGUUUGGCAACCAUCAAUUCUAUCAAUUUGAAAAGCUUGGUGACGAUGAUGAGGAGAUAGAAUUCGUCAGCGAUGAUUUCCCAACGGGAGCUAAUGAGCCGUACACACCCGUCUAUUUUCACCCAAGACCGGCAGAGAAUCUGAGCUUAGUCGAAAGUAUUGACUCGAUGAAUCCUUUAAUGGACUGCAAAGUCGCCAAUCUUACCGAUGAGGAUGCACCACAAAUCUAUUCAAUUUGUGGUACUGGCGCUCGAAGUACUUUCAGAACCUUGAAACAUGGUCUGGAAGUCAGCGAAAUUGUUGAGUCUGAACUGCCCGGUGUACCAUCUGCAGUUUGGACGACAAAGCUUACUAGAAAUGAUGUUUACGAUGCUUAUAUCAUUCUAUCCUUCUCGAAUGGUACCUUAGUCCUCAGCAUCGGUGAAACGGUGGAAGAAGUAACUGAUACUGGAUUCCUGUCAUCGGCUCCAACACUAGCGGUGCAGCAACUUGGUGAGGACUCUUUAAUUCAGGUUCAUCCCAAGGGUAUCCGACACAUUCGCGCGGACCGUCGCGUGAACGAGUGGGCUGCUCCUCAGCAUCGCUCGAUCGUUGCAGCUACCACGAACGAACGGCAGGUUGCUGUAGCGCUAAGCUCAGGAGAGAUUGUCUAUUUUGAAAUGGAUUCAGAUGGAUCCCUCGCUGAAUAUGACGAGAAGAAAGAGAUGAGUGGCACGGUUACAUGUUUGAGUCUUGGCGAAGUUCCUGAAGGACGUCAGAGAAGUCAAUACUUAGCUGUUGGCUGUGACGAUUCGACAGUGCGCAUUCUGAGUUUAGAUCCCGAGUCUACCCUCGAGAACAAGUCGGUCCAAGCUUUAACUUCUCCUCCCAACGCUCUUGCAAUUAUGGCUAUGUCGGACUCAUCCUCUGGUGGCUCAACUCUAUACCUUCACAUUGGACUCUAUUCCGGUGUCUAUCUGCGGACCGUUCUGGACGAAGUCACCGGAGAACUUUCUGACACACGAACACGUUUUCUUGGACCAAAGCCUGCCAAACUUUUCAGGGUGUCAGUCCAAGGUCAGACUGCAGUGCUUGCCCUCAGCUCUAGACCGUGGCUAGGAUACUCGGACCCUGUCACUAAAGGAUUUAUGCUCACACCACUCAAUUAUCCUGCUUUGGAAUGGGGCUGGAACUUCAGUAGUGAACAAUGUACUGAAGGAAUGGUGGGAAUUCAAGGACAAAAUCUAAGAAUAUUCUCUAUCGAGAAGCUCACCGAAAAUCUCUUGCAGGAAUCCAUUCCUCUGACCUAUACUCCUCGUCGUUUCGUCCGACAUCCUGAACAUCCUUAUUUCUACGUCAUCGAAGCAGAUAAUAACAUACUUUCUCCAGCCACAAAACAAAAGUUACUCGAGGAUCCUUCGGUUGUAAUUGGCGAUGCCACAACACUUUCCCCUGAGGAGUUUGGAUACCCAAGAGGCACAAAUCACUGGGCUUCUUGUAUCUCUGUCGUCGAUCCCGUGACCGAAAAGAAAGUUCUGUCUAAGAUCCACCUUGAGGACAAUGAAUCAGCAGUCAGUAUCGCCGUUGUUGCUUUCGCCAGUCAAGAAGACGAAACGUUUCUGGUUGUCGGUACUGGUAAAGAUUUGAUAGUUAGCCCGAGGUCAUCCUCUGCAGGUUUCAUACACGUGUAUCGUUUCCACGAGGACGGUAAAGAGCUCGAAUUUAUACACAAAACGAAAGUGGAAGAACCACCUAUGGCAGUACUUGCUUUCCAGGGUAGGCUCUUGGUUGGAGUUGGCAAAGAUCUACGCAUUUAUGACCUUGGAAUGCGUCAACUCCUGCGGAAAUCACAGUCCGAAGUUGCACCUACCAUGAUUGUUGGACUACAGACUCAAGGUAAUCGCAUCAUUGUGAGUGAUGUUCAAGAGAGUAUCACCAUGGUUGUGUACAAAUUUCAAGAGAACAGACUUAUUCCAUUCGUGGAUGACACCAUCGCAAGGUGGACGUCAUGUACUACCAUGGUGGAUUAUGAGACUGUUGCCGGAGGGGACAAAUUCGGUAAUCUGUGGCUCCUCCGUUGCCCUACUAAAGCCAGUGAAGAGGCAGAUGAAGAAGGUUCCGGUGCCCAUCUCCUGCACGAACGACAAUACCUGGCUGGAGCUCCACAUCGAUUAACGUUAAUGGCCCACAACUAUACGCAGGAUAUUCCUAUGAGUAUUCAAAAGACCAACCUCGUUGCCGGAGGUAGAGACUGUUUGCUGUGGAGUGGACUUCAAGGCACACUUGGUAUAUUGAUACCAUUCGUCAGUCGAGAGGACGUAGAUUUCUUUCAGACAUUAGAACAACAUCUCAGAUCAGAAGACGCACCUCUGGCUGGAAGAGAUCACUUAAUAUACCGAAGUUAUUAUGUGCCAGUGAAGGGCGUUAUUGAUGGAGAUUUAUGCGAAAGAUAUACCCUCUUGCCAACGGACAAGAAACAGAUGAUUGCAGGAGAGUUGGACCGUUCGGUUAGGGAGAUUGAGAGGAAAAUUUCGGAUAUUCGGACAAGAUCGGCAUAUUAG